CGCUUAUAUAACACAGCGACUCAAUUACAAGUAACUAAAUGUCCGAAGUAACCGAAGCCAAGUUGGAGAACUCCGACCAACAAUUCGAAAACAUCGGUGCUAACGGCGCUGCCAACAAGGGCGGUGCCGAUGUUGCUGGCGACGAUGACGACGACGACGAAGCCGGCGGUGGUGGAAAGGCCCAGAAGGAAAGAAGAAAGAUCGAAAUCAAAUUCAUCCAGGACAAGUCUAGAAGACACAUCACCUUUUCCAAGAGAAAGGCCGGAAUCAUGAAGAAAGCGUACGAGUUGUCGGUGUUGACAGGAACCCAAGUAUUAUUGUUGGUUGUGUCUGAAACCGGUUUGGUUUACACCUUUACCACCCCUAAGUUGCAGCCAUUGGUGACCAAGUCUGAAGGUAAAAACUUGAUUCAAGCAUGCUUGAAUGCUCCUGAAGAAGGUUUGGGCGACGACCAAGGUGACCAGUCAGAUGGAAACUCCGGCGAGUCGCCAGAUCAAAGCCCGGCUCCUCCUCAGCAACAACCCCCACAACACCAGCAAGUACAACAGCAACAGGCCAUUGCUCACCAGCAACAGGUGCGCCAUCAGCAACAGCCACAACAGCAAUUGCCUCCUGGUGCACACAUACCCCACGGAAUUCCAUAUCCUAACGCCGGUCAUCCACAACAGCCAGGCAUUCCUAUCCCACCCAAUGCCUACGGAGACAGUUACCAACAGUACUUCUCCAACAUGCAAAACAGCAACAUGCCCAACCAGCAACAAUAUCAAUGAUGACUAUUUAUUAGACAAACAGUGAACGAACCCGGAUUCCAUUGUACAGUAUUAUUAUUAUUCUCCUACCUAUUAUUAUUUUUGCUUGUUGAGGUGUCAGUUUAUGUUACGUUGAUUGAGGUGAGUGUGCUGAGUUGUGUCGACGAGAAGAGUUGAUUGUGAUUGUUAUUGUAUUCUUCCAGCGUAUUUAACAGUACGUAAAUAUUUAGUUCUUCUAUUCUUUUUAUAAAACAGUGCUUUCCAUUCAUGAU